UGUCAGGCGGGGCCGUCGCGCGCACCAAGGCAAACUUUUUAACUUGGCGGGGCAACGUUUUAGGGGCGCUUGCUUGGUCGUGGACUUCGGGGAUAAAGCUACGUGCGAAGAGAGAUUCCGCCUUCCCGAGCCUGGAAAAAGAAGAUCGCGGGUGGGGGGGGGGCGUGAAGAGGGAGAGUCUCCAAGCCUCUCCUUGCUGCACUGCCUCCCGGGCGCCUGGCUGCUUCUUCCAGACCCCGCUGAAAGGAUGGGGGCGGGCGCCUUAGCCGUCUGUGGUGUCUGUGUUUGCAUCUGUGCACGCCUGUGCAUGAUCUGUCCCAGAUCUUUUUAGAAGUCCUGCCAGGAAUCUCGACCUCAGAAAAGCUUCUGUUCCAUAAAAUCCCUCCAGUUCCUUCAGAACUUUGAGAAGCCAUGCCUCCUCCAAUCGUCACUCUGACUGGGUGUUCUCCCUUUUUGUGUUCUUUCAAGCAAAGCAAUUCAGCGGUCAAGCUUAAAGAAGAUGUGAAAAGGAUUGCCGUUCCGCCCCUGAGCAGGCAGAAGGGGUCCUGUCACCGGAAGUUGUUUGGCACUAGUCUUCAGGAAAUGCAGCAAGAAGGGCUGACCAAGUGUGGAAUCCCAACAGUGGUGUGGGAUAUUGUAGAAUAUCUCUCUUGGCACGGUCUGGAGCAGGAAGGCCUUUUCAGGGUAAAUGGUAACCUGAAAACAGUCGAACAGCUGCGUCUGAAGUACGAGGGUGGAGAUCAAGUAGAUCUUGCUGCAGAGGCUGACGUAAGCGCAGCAGCCAGUUUGCUAAAGUUAUUUCUGCGGGAGCUGCCAGAUCGGGUGAUCCCUUCUGCCCUUUACCCCAAAUUCAUCCAGCUUUAUCAAGCCAGCCAGAAGUGUGGCCUGGAGACUAGCGAUUUAAGAGACCUUCUGAGGCAGAUGCCUGAGACUCACUAUUGUCUCCUUAAGUAUCUUUGCCAUUUCCUGAAACGGGUUGCUGAUCAUCACACUGAGAACAAGAUGACUGUUUCCAACCUUGCUACUGUUUUUGGACCAAACUGUUUUUGUGUUCCACCUGGCUUUGAAGGGAUGAAGCAGCAGGAAAUCUGUAACAAAAUCAUGGUCUACAUGCUGGAAAACUACAGUCCCUUGUUUGAAUGGGAGCAUCAGAAGAAGGAAGGAGGAUGCAAGGAGUCACCAAAAAUUAUAUUGGUGAAAGAGGCUAGUUGCAAGACAUCUCCGCCAAUCUUGCUGAAGAGCCUUGAGGCAGAAAAGCCCAAGCCAAAACCAAGAACAAAGAUCGUAAAGUCCAAACCAGAAAGAGCAUCUCUGACGCCUUUAAUGCUGCAGCCGAGACUGUCAGAUGGAAUUCCUUGCGUUAGCAUCCAUUUAACGGAUAGUUUGUGUCCCAAGGAGAUGGAGUUAGCUGAUGAAAUCUCCUUCCUAAGCAGUGCUGCCUUCUUCACCAGUUCCCAAGAGGAUGAAAGGCCUUUAUCACCAUUCUAUCUGAGUGCUCAUGUGUCACAAGUCAACAACAUCCCUGCUACUGGAGAGUUUGACAGAUUCUUAGAAAAGACUAUCCGGACAGCUGUUGAACAACAUCUUUUUGAUGUUCAUGGCUCUAGUGGUCAAAGUUCUGAAGACUCUGAAUCUGGAACCUCAUUAACACCUUCUGGUGUAUCUACCGGGCAGCGCAGACGACACCAUAAAGAACAAGAUGAAGGCCGAAAGACCAGAGAUAGGGAGGUCAUCAAUAAAGAAAAUAUUCCUUCUGGCUUCAGUAGCAUUGAAGAGUGUAUAUUAAAUGCUCAGGAAGUAGAAAAAUGUCACGAGAACAGUUCUGGUUACAUUGGCGAAAGAAGUAAACCAAAACGUCAGAAAUCCAGCACCAAAUUAUCUGAGCUUAACGACAACCAAGAGAGUUCUUUGGCGAUGGAAACUUUUGGUUCCUUGAGACAUGUAGAUGAAAUGGAGGUGUUUUCUGAAGAAAGCAAAGACGGCAAAAAUGAGGAUGAUUUGUUAAUGCACGAUCAGAGCUCAAGUAUGAAAAUCCAGGAGCAUCCAGGCGUUCCUGAAGUCAGAUUACAGAGGAGCCCAGAAAUUGACGCCGAGGAAGACACUUUCAUAUCGGAAGUGCCUCGUCUGGACUUGUCGAGUUUGUGCAGUGACAACUGGGAAGAACCUGUCCCUGCCUUUUCCUCCUGGCAGCGUAAUGAUGUAGAUUCUGAUGAAGCUCACCUUUCCCCUAAGGCUGGACGCCUCAUUCAGCAGCUUCUGGAUGAAGACAGUGACCCAUUGCUGUCCCCUCGCUUUUAUAACUAUGGGCAAAGUCAGCAGUACUUGGAUGACACAGAAGUGCCUCCUUCCCCACCCAAUUCUCAUUCAUUCAUGAGGCGAAGAAGUUCUUCUUUGGGAUCUUAUGAAGAUGACAGUGAAGAUUUGACACCAGCACAGUUGACUCGCAGGAUUCAAGGACUGAAGAAAAAGAUCAGGCGGUAUGAAGAAAAAUUUGAGGAAGAGAGAAAGUAUAGACCCUCUCACAGUGACAAAGCAGCCAAUCUCGAGGUGCUGAAAUGGACAAAUGACCUUGCAAAGUUUAGAAAGCAACUAAAAGAAUCAAAACUGAAAAUGUCAGAAGAAGAUCUGGCUCCUAUGACUCGCCAACGUAGCAAUACACUCCCCAAAAGUUUUGGCUCUCAGCUGGAGAAGGAGGAAGAAAAGCAAGAGGUUUCUGAUAAAUCAUCUAAGCCUUCAGUGGAGGCAACUUUGGAAUCCAUGCAGAAGAAGCUCCAAGAGAAAAGGGCAGAAGCAAGUCGACCUGAGGACAUUAAGGAUAUGACUCGAGAUGAGAUAGCAUCAGAGAAAGUAGCCCUUCAAAAAUCCCUCCUCUAUUAUGAAAGCAUCCAUGGAAGACCUGUAACAAAACAUGAACGGCAAACGAUGAAGCCCCUCUACGACAGAUACCGCUUGAUCAAGCAGAUCCUCUCCAGGGCAAACUGUAUUCCCAUUAUCGGUUCUCCCUCUAGCAAGCGGAGAAGUCCUUUGCUACAGCCAAUAAUUGAAGGAGAAACUGCUUCCUUCUUCAAAGAGAUAAAGGAGGAAGAGGAUGGCUCUGAGGAUGACAGCAGUGUGAAACCAGAUUUCACAGACACAAUAAAGUCUGACUUUGGCGUGCGAAGCUUUUUGAACCGACUAGAAGAUGAUGCUGACGGCUUCAUUUCUCCAGUGGAUGAUAGGAUCCCUUCAAGAAGCAGCCAGGACAUGGGAUUGUCAAAUCUUCACGCUGCUCCUGUGCGUGAACUUGUGGAGCAGCUUCAAGAAGUCAGGGAAGAUAAAAAGAGGAUCAGAAAAAAAUUGAGAGAUUUUGAAGACAAUUUUUUCCGACAAAAUGGAAGAAACGUCCAGAAAGAAGACCGUGUUCCCAUGGCUGAAGAAUAUAAUGAAUACAAGCAGGUUAAGGCCAAACUGAGGCUUCUGGAGGUCCUCAUCAGCAAAAGAGAUUUAAGCUCCAAGAUCAUGUAAUAAAGCUAUGCUGGAUUUGCCAAUAAUGUUAAGGUGUUGAUGCAGCCAAAACCACAAAGAACUCAGCAGGAGCCCAAUACCACAAAGGGCUUUCGUGGCUCUCCCUGACUGUGGCUGGCAGAAGAUGAUGGGGUAUGAAGGAGGGAGGGUCCUGCAUCUUUCUUCAGACUUGUGACCUGUUCUGCCAUGCGGGCUGGCAAGACCGGGAGGGUGUUGACCCAGUAAAAAGACUCUGCUCCACAUGGUUCCUUUUGCUUCCAUCAUUUGGUGACCUGCAUUUGCUUGGACUAAAAAAAAAAAAAAAGACCUCAGUUUUUAUCUUCUUUGGAGCAUCAGUGUAAAAAAGGUGAUCUAGUUUGAGUUCUCACGAAUCUCCAAAUAAUUGCCUGUAAUUUUCAGACCAAUAAAACAAUUAGGUCUGUUCUAACAGAAGAUAUGUUCUGAGACAAUUCUGAGAGGGGAGCUGGGCCCCUCUUGUUAUCUCAUAUUUGAGUGCAGGGUUUUCAUUGUUACUGUUGGUACGUAGUUCUUGAAACAUGCUCCGACUGAAAGUUGAAUUGCCAAUUGGUGGAGAACUGUUAAGUGUGACUGCCUUGGCUUUUAAUAUGGCUCCUUUUUAAAAAAAGAAAACACACUUUCUUACUAAUGAACUUUUCAGAAAUGCUAUUACACAACUCCUACAUCUGUUUGAGCUGGAAGAAAUAAAAAAUUGUGGAAGUGGACCUUGGAGAAAUUGGGCUUAGUUAAUGGAACCGUCCUCAAGAGUAGGAAGAGAAGGAGUGCAAUGAUCUUGGUAGCCAAGGUAUUCUGAUAUAAUUGUGGGUUUCAGACAAUGUCUGGAAAGGAUUUAUCAUACUUUGUCGUUGAUGUGAAGAUCGGGAAUAAUUGGACAAGCAACUUUGAAAGGCAGAAGAUUAUCACUUGAGUUUUCUUCUGCAGUAAUGGGGUUUCUAUGAUCCUCUCUUGACUUGUGUCAGACUCUAAUGGAAUCCAGUUUAUUGGUGCCCUGCAAUAUUUCUGAGAAUUUUCUCUUCAUAUUACUGUGGCAAAUGUGCUGAGAUUUUUCAGCAAAUCAUUUUAAUGCAAAAGCUUUCCCUAUGAUUAGAAAGCAUCAAAAUGUCUAGACUGUGGACUUUAAAAUUAAUGACAAUGACAGUUUGUCUCAUACCCUUAUAAUUUUUGUACCCCAGAUAGCUGAAUUUCUAUUCAUAUUUCAUUGAAGCUCUGUAUGGUUUGGAUGUUGCUGUAUACUUUCAAAUCUCUUGAGCAAAAUGGUAGGGAGUAGAACAAUGCACUUUAGAAAGAAACAUAUAUUUUUUUAGAAAAUGAAAAAACAGAAUUUUUAAAAAAUAACCAAAUAUGUACCUAAAUAAAGGAAAAAAACAUUUCAUCUACCUGACUUUUCUGUUAUGCCAUUUUUAAAGGAAAAAUAUGACUUAAAAACCUUAAGAUUUGCCUAGACAAGUAGGGAGCUAAUUGGAAAUUCUAUUUAUUGUAAUAGAUGCAUACCUUAUGAGGCACCAGUAUUAGGGAAUUUUUAUAUGUGUGCUUGAUACCAUGAAUAAUAUCAGCAUUUAACAUAAAUGAUUUCCACCCUGAAAAUCAACUGAGUUAAAAAAUAUAAUUGUCAAACCCAAAACUAUUAAUUUAAUGCUCAACCAAACAACCAAAACAAUUGAAAUGUUUGGACCCAAAUGAAUGCAACAUACCUAAAGAUUCAAAAAUCUAAUUCUGUAGGCUUAGAGUAGCUUUAGCCUUUUUUUUUCUCAACAAUUAGCCCAUUGUAGCACAUAAUAAGCUACUUGUGAAAGCAAAUACACUGUCAAAUGAAGAAUAAAAGGAAACUCUUUGUAGUCUAAUAAUAAGUCCUUUAGCAUAACUUUAUAUAAAACUCCUUUUUUACAACCCUGUAAUCACUUAAUUCAGGGUAGAGUCUGGGCAACUGGAUAGAGCUUAGCUGGCUGGAUGCCCUUCCUGACGCCAUGCAGAGUUCACAGCAGACAUUUUUGCUUUGCGCCCCAGGAAACAAACAUCUGCCACUACCUGGGACUGAACUCUCAACCUUCCAAGUGGGAGGCCCCCCAGGCCGCUCAACAUAACACUAUAUAUUAACCCCAAAUAUUUCAUGAAUUCACUGAGAUGUGCUAUCCACUAAGUAUUAGAGAAUUAACAGGAGUAGUUAUUUUCAUAUUUCAUUGUUUUUAACCUGAUCUUUCCUUACCCAAAUUACUGUUUGUAUGAAAA